AUGCUUGAUAUCCCAAUAAUCGCUCUCGAGGAGCAUUUCUUCUCGGCCACCAUUGUCAAAACCAACAAGGAAGCAAGCAAGCUGUAUUCCAACUUUCCUAACCACUUGAACGAUAAACUCGCAAAUAUAGGUGAGAGACGCAUUCAAGACCUAGACAAGGGCAAAGUUUCUCUACAAAUUCUUUCCCAUGCCCCUGGAGACUUUGCUAGAGACGAGUGUGCGUUGGCCAACGAUGAGCUCGCAGCAGCUGUUCGGAAAAAUCCUGGUCGGCUAGCAGGCUUCGCUAUGCUUCCGAUGAGCGACCCAAUUGCAGCAAGUCAAGAGUUGGAGCGCUGUGUGACAGAUUUGGGCUUUGUGGGUGCUUUGGUCGAAAACCAUGUAAAUGGCGUGUUUUUCGACGAUGAGCGAUUCUGGUGCGUCUUCGAAAAAGCAGAGCAGCUAGACGUUCCGAUAUACAUCCAUCCAACAUUUGCCAGUGAUUCCAUGUUGGAGCGCUACAGAGGCAACUACAGCGACUCCGUAGCUCUGGCGAUGAGUGCCUUUGGUUGGGGUUGGCACACCGAGACGGGCCAUCACAUCCUUCGGCUUUUCGCUAGCGGAAUGUUUGAUCGAUUCCCUAAGAUCAAGAUUGUAAUUGGCCACAUGGGAGAGAUGUUGCCUUAUCAGCUAAGUCGAGUUUUUAUCGCGACUGCUAGAUGGGAGGGGAGACAGCGAAGCUUCAAAGAAGUUUGGGAUAACAACAUAUGGAUCACGACGAGCGGUAUGUUUUCGCUGCCCUCACUUGGCUGUCUGCUUCAAGUGACCUCGAUGGAGCGGGUGUUAUAUAGCGUCGACUACCCAUUCUCAAUGAAUGAGACUGGCUUACAGUUCUUGGAGGAUGUUCAAAGGAGCGGCUUGCUCACUGGAGUAAACUUGGAAAAGUUUGCAUACAAGAACGCAGAGACUCUGCUAAAAGUUAGAGCAGUCACAUGA